GGCGCGCAUGCUCAGUCGCGCGGCAGCCGCGAGUAGGAAGCUCCGCGAGGCAGUAGCGGCCGCGGCGGCGCGACUGGAGGGUGGGAGGAGACGCGCCCGCUGGCGGGCGGGGGCGCUGGGACGCGGCUGGGGCUCCCGCCCGAGGUUCCUGGGAGUGUUUGGGACCGCGAACCCCGGCGCGAGGAGCUAGGGAGCACGGGAGCCAACGAGUGCGGAGUGGACAGCGGGCGGAGCGGAGCCGCGGGACGGAGCGGGCUCAGAGCCCGAGUCUCCGCGACUCGGCUCGGGACCCGGCGGCGGGGGCGGCGAUGUUCCACUGCAUCCCCCUGUGGCGGUGCAACCGUCAUGUGGAGACCAUCGACAGGCGCCACUGCUCGCUGGUCUAUGUCCCCGAGGAGAUCUACCGCUACGCCCGCAGCCUGGAGGAGCUGCUGCUGGACGCCAACCAGCUCCGCGAGCUGCCAGAGGAACCCUGAAAGUGGAAUAAAAGUGCCAUCAAAUGGAAAGAAGCAAUUUUUCCAGCUAGUCAAAUUACGAAAGCUUGGACUUAGUGAUAAUGAAAUUCAGCGGCUCCCUCCAGAAAUAGCAAACUUCAUGCAGCUGGUGGAACUUGAUGUGUCUCGAAAUGAUAUUCCUGAAAUUCCAGAAAGCAUCUCGUUCUGUAAAGCACUGCAGAUAGCUGACUUCAGCGGAAACCCACUGACUAGAUUGCCAGAAAGCUUUCCUGAAUUACAGAAUUUGACGUGUCUUUCUGUAAAUGACAUCUCACUGCAGUCCCUGCCUGAAAAUAUUGGCAAUCUUUAUAACCUGGCUUCCCUGGAACUGAGAGAGAAUCUUCUUACAUAUCUUCCUGAUUCUCUUACCCAGCUGCGGAGACUAGAAGAACUUGAUUUAGGAAACAAUGAAAUAUAUAAUUUGCCAGAAUCAAUUGGAGCUCUCUUACAUCUAAAGGAUCUCUGGUUGGAUGGAAAUCAGCUAUCAGAAUUACCUCAGGAAAUAGGAAAUCUGAAGAACCUACUGUGCUUAGAUGUCUCUGAAAAUAGGUUGGAAAGACUUCCUGAAGAAAUCAGUGGCCUGACUUCAUUAACGGAUUUAGUCAUUUCCCAGAACUUACUAGAAGUGAUUCCAGAUGGCAUCGGAAAACUAAAGAAAUUGUCGAUCUUAAAGGUGGAUCAGAACAGACUCACACAGCUGCCUGAAGCAGUUGGGGACUGUGAAAGCCUCACUGAAUUAGUUCUUACAGAAAACCGGCUCCUGACUUUACCUAAGAGCAUUGGAAAACUUAAGAAGUUGAGCAACUUGAAUGCAGACAGAAAUAAAUUAGUGUCUUUACCAAAAGAGAUUGGAGGGUGCUGCAGCCUCACUGUAUUCUGUGUGCGUGACAACAGACUAACUCGGAUACCUUCAGAGGUGUCGCAGGCCACAGAGCUUCAUGUCCUGGAUGUGGCAGGGAACAGGCUGUUACAUCUGCCUUUAUCCCUGACUGCCUUGAAGCUGAAGGCUUUGUGGUUGUCUGACAACCAGUCGCAGCCCCUACUCACGUUCCAGACGGACACAGACCACACCACAGGAGAGAAGAUUUUGACCUGUGUCUUGCUUCCUCAGCUGCCUUCUGAACCUACUUGCCAAGAGAACCUGCCUCGCUGUGGGGCACUGGAGAGCUUAGUGAAUGAUGUCCCGGAUGACGCCUGGAAUGAGCGUGCAGUGAACAGAGUCAGUGCAAUCCGAUUUUUGGAAGAUGAGAGAGAUGAAGAAGACAAUGAAACGAGAACACUUCUGCGGCGAGCCACUCCACACCCAGGGGAGCUAAAGAACAUGAAAAAGACAGUGGAGAAUUUACGGAAUGACAUGAAUGCUGCUAAAGGACUGGAUUCAAACAAAAACGAGGUCAAUCACGCCAUUGACCGAGUGACCACUUCUGUAUAGACCUUCACCUCCGAGUUUUACCUCCCGUGUCUUCCCCUGCUGUUGAGAUCCUGUCUCCUCCUCAGGAGCCGCGCUUUGCCCUGGGGCUUCACCGGAACUUUGUGCGUGCCCGUCACAGCCCCGGAACGUGUGUGCGUGCACGUCACCGCGCCGGAACGUGGGCGCGUGCGCAUCACGGCCCAGGCCGCACGGGGGGCUGCUGCUCUCCCCAUGGAAGUGCCUUACUCCGGCUCCUCAGCCAGCCCGGGCACCAGUGCGCCCCCGGUAUGCCGCCUCUCCCCUGACUUCCAGUCAUUUGUCAUAAGUGGAAUACACUACUGUAAACACCUGACCUUUGUUUCUGUCUUAUGUUGGGGUAAGGGAGCGCAGGAAGGGAAAUUUUAUUGAUCCUCCUCCCUCCCAUAAAGUGCUGGGACAUUUUGAGCCCAAGUUCUCUUGGACCUACUGAUGAGAGAUAGUUUUAUGUACGGCGCAUAAUUGAUCUUUUUUUAAAAAACUUUGGCAGCUCAGAUGGUGUAAAUUUAAAAAUUUUGUAUAGGUAUUUCAUAACAAAAAAUGUGUAUUUCUUUUUUGUUAUUCUAUCUUAGAAACGGUACAUAUUUUAGCAUUUGUGCAGGAAAAAACAA